GUCGUCUACAAACACAGAGUGACGUCCAGAGCUCUGCUGGAGCUGUGGGGAAGUUCAUGAAUGUUAUAGUUGAUGUUUCAGAAAAAAGGAAGAUGUUUGAGAACCAACAAAACACAGACCACAGAUGAACAAAGGUGAUGUGACACUAGGAGACUUUAUACCAGAUGCCCUCCCUGUUACUGCGUUUAGAGGAAGAAAAGCAGCACAUGGCGCCUUUGACCUGCUGGUUUACACCGACAAAGAUCUCGUGGUCCCCGAGAAGUGGGAGGAGUCCGGCCCUCAGAUCAUCUCCCAGUCGGAGGAGGUGCGUCUGCGCUCCUUCACCACGUCCAUCCACAAGGUCAACAGCAUGGUGGCCUACAAGCGCUCAGACUCUCUGUGAUCCUGGGAUCCAGAGCCGAGUCUUUGUGCCUCUUCCCCCUCUGCGCUCUCGUGUAAAUAUUCUGCUCUCUCCACGACUACUGUUUUGUUUGGUCUCCGUCAGCCUGUUUUAGAGAAUAGUUUUUUGUAUGUUCAACUUUUUAAAAAGACCAAAAAAUAAAGGACUACUAUCUAAAA